AUGCAUGCGGUAAACCAAAGUGAAAAAUCGUCUAUGCUUGCCAAUGCUGGUGCUGUCCCAUCUUAUGGUGACGGGAGUUCUGAUAAUAGUAACAGAGAUGCGGCAGUGCCGCAUAAGAGACCUUUAGAAAAAAUCAGGCCUAGUAUAAGGAGGCAAGACUACAUUGAAUAUGACUUUGCCACUAUGCAAAACUUGAACGGUGGUUACAUCAACCCUAAGGACAAGGUUCCGAACCCCGGUUUUGCUGAAGACGAAGAUGUUGAAUCUGAAUUUGGAUCUAAGAAGCAAAAGACACUACAAGACUGGAAAAGGGAACAAUUAGAGCGCAAAAUGCUGUAUGAGAAUGCUCCACCUCCAGAACAUAUCUCGAAAGCGCCGAAAUGUGUUGAAUGUCAUUUUAACAUUGAGAUGGACCCUGUUUUACAUGACAUAUUCAAGCUGCAGGUCUGCAAACAGUGUGCUAAAGAGCUUCCAGAGAAAUAUUCCCUGCUGACGAAGACAGAAUGCAAGGAAGACUAUUUUCUAACGGACCCCGAAUUGAACGAUGAAGAUCUCUUUCGCAGACUUGAAAAGCCAAAUCCUCAUUCUGGUACAUUUGCGAGGAUGCAAUUGUUUGUUAGAUGUGAAGUGGAGGCCUUUGCGUUCAAGAAGUGGGGUGGGGAAGACGGUUUGGACAAGGAAUGGCAGCGACGUGAAGAAGGAAAAUCUCAGAGGAGAGAGAAAAAAUACGAGAAGAAAAUCAAGGAAAUGCGACUGAAAACAAGAGCUCAAGAAUAUACCAACAGGCUAAGAGAGAAGAAGCACGGGAAAGCACAUAUCCAUCAUUUCAGUGCCCCCAUUGAUGGGGGAAUUGAUGAAGAUGGUUAUCAAAUUCAAAGGCGAAGAUGUACAGAUUGCGGGUUAGAAACUGAAGAAAUUGACAUUUAG